AUGAAGAGUGUUGAACAUGACAAUGACUCAGCCUCGGAAGGAAAUGAAGUAAAAGAAGAAGUUGUAAAUAAAUACAUACUAAAUAAACUGAGUUUAAUUUUUAACAACAAUAUUAAGUCCAUAUCACAUGAUGAUGGUAAAAACAAUGAAGAAGAAAGUGAACGAGAAAAGUAUAGAAGAGCAGAUACGACCAACACCAAUGACAUUAAAAGCACGACAGUAGUAGCGGAGAAAAAUGGUCCACUAAGCAAAAAAAAUAGCUCAAUAAAUAUCAUCGAAAGGAAUAACAGCAAUGUUGUGGAUGUGUAUAGUACGAAUAAGCAACAUGAAGGGGUUAGCGACCCGACGCCGGGGAUAGAAAAAAACCUUUCAAGUGCCCCCAAUGUGAACAGUACAAACGUGAACGAAAAGAAUAAUCUCAGUACUAACGUGAGCGAAAAGAAUAAUCUCAACAUUGUUGACAUAAAGGACAUGCACGUUUUGGAAAAUCACACCUUAAGUAAUUCACUAGAGAAGGACAUCUUAAUGCAUAAUGGUGGGCAGAUGAAGAGGGAAAAUACCCUCGAUAAAGCCAACAGCAUAAGUAUUAACGACCUGUUCAAGCUAAACUCAGAAGCGUAUCUUAACAUUGACAGCUCGCUGAAGAAAGGGAAUCUCAGCGAAAUUUUAACAAACGAGAAUAACCUUAACUUGUACACUCACUACAACAAUGGAGGCAGUAUCAGCAAUAAUGUCGUGAAGAAAAACGAACGAUGGAAGAGAUACAUUAAAUCCAUUGAACCAUUUUUAGAUGUACAUACCAUUAUUAAUUUAAGUCAAACGUGUAAAUUCUUUUACAAAAGGAAAUAUAAAGUAUGGCAUAAUAGGUUAAUAUUUAACAGCUAUCUAGGGUAUAACCCUAGGGUUCUCUAUGAAUAUGUUUUCCCAAGAAUAUAUAAGCACAUUCACAGAUCGGUUAGGAGAAGACUUUGUCUAGAUUUCACCAUGUGCACUUUAAUAAAAGACAUAACUGUGGCUAAUGUAUUAAACCAGAUUUACAACUUCGAUUCGUUAAAUACGAAACAUUUGUUUAUAUAUAAUUUACAAGAAAUUUACUUUGACUUUUGUCAUCACCUGACGGAUAAGACAUUAGAAGUUUUGGCGCAGACGAGAUUGCCGUCUUUGAAAACGUUGAGUAUAAAAUGUGUUCGGAACAAAUACUUAACGUGCGCCCCCUUGACAGUUAUGUUGAGGAAAAAUAAGUGGCCAGUGUUUACCAACUUUAUCUGUUCCUUUUCCAAUGCAUGGCUAGAACCAAUCUUCAUUAUGGCUAAUUUUAUUAUCAAUCGAGCGAACAAUCAGAAUCAUUUGAUUUACCAUAAGUUGAAAAACUUACGUAAGACGUUAGAGACGAUGAAAAAUUUUGAUAAUUCAAUCGUUUCUUCUUCUGCGAAUGAGGAAUGCAACCGCAGAAUUAUGAACGAAAGUAACAGUUACAAUUUUAUGAGUUUUCAGAGCUGUGCGGAUGGCAGUAGUAGCUUGGACAGGUCAAACUUCGCAGACUACCCCAGCACGCAUGGGAACAACCACGCGGGAUGCAGUGGUGUAUGUAGUGCAGGCUAUCCCAACGAGUGCACCAACACCUGUAGCAACAAUUUGUACAACCGCAACCGUGACCAGGACCUCAGUCGAAACCCCGGCAGCAAGAAAAAACUCAAGUCCCUGCUGAAUAGCGAAACAGAGUGCAGCAUCAGUCAGUCCGAAACGAAUAACAACUUCAGCCUUUUUAACAAUUUUUUCUAUAAUACUAUAAAGCACUUUGGCUAUUCUUCGAGGAUGCAGAACGGCUUGCCGUACCCGGACUAUAGCACCCUUGCGAAGAGUUCCCCUCAGAGCCGGAAGGACGACUUGCAGGUGUCAGUGGCUAGUUCGAUGCCACACGGCAGCGCAGUCAGCAGCGGGAUGGGCAUUGGGAGUGGCAUAGGAAUGGGUAGCAGCUACGGUGGGCACAUGCACGGCAAUGGCGGAGGGAAGAACUCGACCGCAGACCCCCAUCACGGUGGAAGCAACACUCACCAGCCGCACGAAGGCCACGAUCAAACGCAGCACGAACAGGCGCAGCAGGAACAGCAACAGCAUGACAGUGCGCAUCUUCAUCAUCAUGCACCCCAUGAUCAGCCCCACCAUUAUCACCCACACUACGACCAUCCAUACGACUACCCACCCCACGAUCGUCGAUUCCAUAGCCGCACGCGCAAUAUCCGCGCCUACGAGAGGAAGGACAUCUUUGACGAGUUCCUCUCGGGGGAAUAUACCGCAACGUGCAGCAACGAGAAGAGUAGCCCCACGAACGAGCCGGAAAAUGGCAUCUGCACUGUGAAGCACGAAUGCAAAGGAACAGACGUUAAGCGCGUGAAGGGGGAGGAAGAUGAAGAGAGUUACAACACCGAAGAGAGAGGAAACGUGGGAGAGGAUCAUCAGAAAAGUAACACAGAUGGAGGUAAGAAGUGUUUCGAGAAGAGGAGACAGACGAAUGAAAAUAGCAAGAGGAAGAACGACGAGAAGGGGUUCCCCGACAAUGGGGAGGAAGAAAUAAAAAUUCGGAAAGUAAGAGAAGGCGAGGAGAAGCGAAAUGAGAAAAGGAUCGACAAUGAGGGGAAAAGCGAUAACGAAAGGAAGGAAAGGAAUAGGGGGGACCCCCAGGUGAAUGACCCAAGUGAUAGAAAGGAAGUCAAAAGAAGUCACAAAAAGUACGAAGAAAAGGAAGAGAAUGAAGAGGACCUGCACAAAAAUAAUAGUGUGAACCCUGCGGAGGAGAACCAUGCAACGAAGGAAAUAGACGGGUCAGAAAAAAAAAACCAUAAAAAAAAAAAAUUGGAAAAGGAAAAUUUCUAUGAAAGUAAAAAAAGUAAUCCAAUUGGAAGUAAUAAAAAGUCCAAAGUGUUAACAGCCGAAAAUAUUUUUUGUAUGAACAUUUUACACAACAAUGUGAACACGUUUGAUGAGGAGGAAGAGGAAGACGAAGACGAUGACGAGGAUGAUCCAGAGAAAAAUUUAAACAAGUGCCGAUGUAAUGGAAAGAGUUGUAUAUACACCACAGAAGAAAUUAAUUUCAAGUGUAAAUGUGAGGACUGCCCCUUUGCCAAUGGCUACAAAAAUUUAAUAUCAGUGGACGACCCGUAUAUUCAGUCGCACUUUGUGCAACCCAAUUUGGAUAUUCUGGGCUCAUGGGGAAGCAAAUGCUUCCUCGAAAGUAUAGGACUGGACAUUUACGUCAAAGGGUACAGUGUAGCAUUAAAAAAUGAAAAUAUAAAAAUCUGUGUAAAGUUAAGUAAAAAGAUACAAGACGAAUUGUACGAUUUGAGUAAGAGUGAGAAAUAUAAAAACAAUAAUUUGGUUUACCUACUCAGAGAUAAAGGAAGUGAAUUGCUAUCCAACACCCCGUUAACCAUCGAAACUGAUGAGAACAGAGGAAUCGACAUUUGGACGUUACCUAUAUCGCUGGCCAUUAGCAAAAAGAACAGAUACCUCUUCUAUUUGGUACUAAAAGGAGGGGCCAAAAUUGACAUUUGGGACUACUUAGGAAAGUCCCCCUUGUACAUGGCGUGCGAAAAUGAAUCCAAGGAGUUCGUGGAGGUGUUGCUAGAAGAGAGGAGGAAGAGGAAGAAGAAAAAUAACAUCAUCCAAUACGACUAUAAAAGCUCUGUUACGAUGGACCGCGAAGCAUCGCUUGCGAAGGCCGCCAACAGUAGUAACAACCCACAGGUGAACGACGGGGGUCAGGGUGGAUCCCCCCCACCCGUUACGGAAAUGGAGAAAAAUGCCCCCAGGGCUGGAGGAAGUUCACCAGAAGGAGGCCCCCCCGCGAAGGGAAACUCCCUGGAUAAGGGGAACUCUUCCGAUAAGGCAAACGACCUUGAUAAGGCAAACGCCCCCCAUAACGGAAGCACACUUGAGAAGCAAAACUCAAACGAUGCGGAGUCAACCACGUGUGAAGGAACCAAAAAAAAUAACGACAACUGCAACACGAUUUGUGUGAGUCCCUAUGGAAACACCUGCGACAGUUAUUAUGUGACCUUCCCCAUAGACAUAGAAAAUGGAUACAUCCCUCUCAACAUCGCGAUUAAGAAGAAAAAUUUCUCUAUCGUGAAUUCGCUAGUGAAAAAUGGAGAAAAUUUGAAUAUCAUCUGUCCCUUCGUGAGGGACUACAAAUCCCCCCUCUAUCUCGCCUGCGAAAAUAACAUAAGUGAAAUUAUACAGCUACUACUGGAAAAUAAGGCAAACCCAAACUGGUGCUACCAUAACAAAUUCACCCCCAUUUUGCUUGCCUACAAUUUAAACAAGGCUUGGGUCAAUCAUUUUAUUGAUGCCGGGGCAGGAGAGAAACCUUGUGACAGACACAUUUUAACUGAAGUUCUAUCUUGCGCAAUUUUUAAAAAUGAUUUAUCAACUGCGCAGUUGUUGUUGAAAAAGUACCCACAACUGCUCCAGGGGGAACAUAAUUUAUGGUCCCUACCAUUUAUCCAGGCGUCCAAGUUGGAGAGACUUAACAUAUUGAAAUAUUUGCACACAUUGAAGAAGGAAAUUAUUAAUCAGCUGGAUUCAAACAAUGUCUUGUCUCCAAUCCAUGCUGCCGCAGAAGAAGGGAAUCUGGAGAUCUUAAAAUUCCUGCUGGAAAAUAAUGUAAAUAUUAAUCUAACAAAUAAAUACCAUCAAAAUGCUUUGCAUAUCGCUUGCCUAGAAAAUCAGGAAAAAGUUGUCCAACUUUUGCUAACACAUAAUAUAGACGUGAACUGUAAGGACAACAUCAAUGGGGAGUGCCCCCUAAUGAUCUGUAUCCGGACAAGGAAUGAAAUCCUAGCACAUCAUAUUCUUAAUGAAGGGAAGAAUAUUAAUUACAACCUUACCAAUAUACACGGAGAAACUUCCCUAAUAUAUUCCAUCUUUUACGGCCUGUACGACAUUGCCGAUGUUCUGAUGACCAGAGGAGCGGACGUCUCCGUCAGGGACAUCAAUGGGGACAAGUCGUACAACGUCGCAUGCGAGAGGGUUCUGUCCCACAGGACUUGCAAAAAAGUACUAAAGAAAUUUCUCAAGCUGUACAGGUCACAAAAUAAGAACCUCCUUCCCAAGAAAAACAAAAUUAACAGAAAAAAUAAAUUUUACCAGUCGUACCAGAGCAUCAACCAGAGCUUCCUCAGCAUCUUCCGCAUCAAGAAAGAGAAAAAGAAGAAGAAGCCCCAGUCGCCGUACGCGGUUGAAAAUAACGAGGGCGUCCUUCGCUAG